AUGUCCCAGAAGAAAAACGAUUGUGAAUUGAUUUUAAUCGACCCUUAAGAUGAUUCAGACAUUAAACCGAUGAAAAUCUUAAAAAAAAUUGUUUCUAAUGCGGGUGGUGUUAGAUAUCUGGUUGAGUACAGCAAUAAUGAAUAAAAGCAAGAAACAGAAAAAUACAUGAAAGAGAAUUAUUAGGAAUUGAUAGAAGACUAUAAUUAUUUUUCUGUCUGUGGUAGCAGAUUCGAUCAAAUGACUUUAUAGAAGAUGAGGGAAAAUAAUAAUAAGAUGUAGAAUUUUGAGAAUCAUGCUAAAUUGCCAACCAUUCCAUCAGAUGAAAAUUAUCCAAUUUUUAAAAGGCAAAAAAAAAUAGAUAAACAAACUGAAAAAAAUAACAAGGUCAACAACAAUCAAAUUUUACCACUACCUCAAUCAGCAUAAUAUUAAUAAUUACAGGUUUAAUAACAAUAACAAAUUUAAUAACAUAAUAAUUUACAUUAGAAUGAGAAAUAUUUAAUUAAAUAAUAAUAAGUCCAAAAUUAAACCUUACUUUCAUUGAAAUCUGAUCAAGGAGACAAAAUCAAGUCUAUUACACUAGAAAAUGGAUUAUUUCUAAUUCAAUGGUAACCCAGACCUGAUGGAAAUGUGCCAUAUCAAGAAUACUACCAUUAUGACUUCUUAAAAGCAACAGCUCCUACUAUUUUACUAUCGUUUUUAGAGCAAGAAUUCUUAAAUGAAGACUUAAAAUUUAAAAAUCUUAAAAGACAAUCUUUUUAAAGUUCAAUUAAAGAACAUACCCAAAUUGAUGAUAAUUCAUAAUAUAAGGAUAAAUCAAUAAAUAUCACUUAGACAGAUAAAUCAUAAGAAAUAAUUGAAGUUUAAAAGGAACUACAAAAGGAUGAUCACAUGAAUAAAAGGGCUGUUUAGUUUGAAGAAGUAAAAGAGCAAAAAGAUAAUUCUAAAGAUAUUCUAAUUGAUGACUUCUCAGUUGAUGAUGCCUAGGAAGUUAUACUUGAUGAGAAAUAGACAGCAGAACAAGAAAAAAAACAGUAGUAAUAAAAGAAAGGCAUUAUUCCAUCUUUUAAACCUUAGGGAUCAACUUAGAAAUAAAGAAAAUAAGUAAUAGAUAAAGCAUAAGAGUUAUUUACAGUGGAAAAAGCAUAAGGGAAACUGGAUGAAAAAUUAUCUCAAAUGGAGAAGCCUAUUCCCAAAUAGUAAGUAACAAUAACUCAACCUAAAUUGACUAACCAGUCAUUUCCAGCCCAAUUUGCUUAAGCUUAACCUCCAGAUGAAUUUGAAAUACUGGGUUCUUUGGAAAAACCUGAGGAUAAAUAAAAUUAAAAUUACGAGAAGGAACUUGAAGAAUGCUAUUCUGAUGUGGAGUUACCUCAUUUUUAAUUUAAUCAGAGCGAAAUUUGA